CCUCCCGUAUCAUCCUGCAGCUGGUGGCCGCUUAUUUGCGAACGGCUCCAAUCCUAAUUGGGAGAUUGUUUUUCUUUUCUAUCUCUUUCUUUUUGUUCCUUCCAAGAACGAAAAGACUUGGACCAGAAAAAAGAUUUUUUUUCCUUCGACUCCCACUCAACUGGUCUAAUUUGUUCCCCUCUUUUUAUUCUGAUUCUCCUAAGUAUCGACGAUAAUUCCGGUGGCUAAUCGCGCACUACCAAAAUAGCCGUUCUUUGGAUUCCUACGUUCCCGUGUCCGUGCUCAAUCUGGAGCAUCCCAUAGAUCUCUUUUCUUCUUUUUCCUCCUCGAUCUUCCUACCUUUCGACUAUUUUGUCUGCUUCGCCAUUGCGUUCUGUUUAUACGCCAGAUACCCAAUUUUUUCCUUCUUACCGCCUACAGCUUCUAUAUUCGGUCGCCAUGUCGGGGAAAAUGACAUUGUACAAGUUGGUGGUGCUGGGGGAUGGUGGUGUCGGAAAAACGGCGCUCACGAUUCAGCUGUGUCUGAAUCAUUUUGUCGAAACCUAUGAUCCAACGAUCGAAGACUCGUAUCGAAAGCAGGUGGUGAUCGAUCAACAAUCAUGUAUGUUGGAAGUGCUGGAUACCGCAGGCCAGGAGGAAUACACAGCACUCAGAGACCAGUGGAUUCGCGACGGCGAGGGGUUUGUGCUUGUGUAUAGUAUCACCUCGCGGGCCUCUUUUUCGAGGAUACAGAAGUUUUACAACCAGAUUAAAAUGGUCAAAGAAUCUGCCAGUUCCGGCUCCCCCACCGGCGCCAGCUAUCUAGCCUCCCCGAUCAACACUCCGUCCGGUCCUCCGCUUCCCGUCCCCGUGAUGCUGGUUGGUAACAAGAGCGAUAAAGCUGUCGAGCGAGCGGUAUCCGCACAGGAAGGCCAGGCUCUGGCCAAGGAUUUGGGCUGUGAGUUCGUUGAGGCGUCCGCGAAGAAUUGCAUCAAUGUCGAGAAGGCUUUCUACGAUGUCGUUCGGAUGCUCAGGCAGCAGCGGCAACAACAACAAGGAGGGCGAUCUCAGGAUCGCCGGCCCACCGGCUUGGGUCCAAUGCGCGACCGUGACGCUGGUCCAGAAUACCCGAAAUCUUUCAGGACUGACCGUGGCGGUCGGCAUCGCGGUUCGCUUAAGUGCACCAUUUUGUGAAAUGAACCCCGUCUUGCUGGUCGAGUUACUCCUGCCCGUGGCUAGCCGACCAGAGGAAUGAAUAGGUCCUUUGUGUGAGUUUUUAUGAUCAGUCGUGGAUGACGGGUUCACUCUUCUUGAUCUUCGACCUUAUCUAUGAGAACUCAUGCGAGUCCACUUUAUGACAA